ACCCGUAAUAACGGCAACUUCAACUACUCAACCUUCCAAAUACAGAAUCCGAUUUCAGAGUUAGCGCCACUAAAAUGGCUUCUUCUCUAUCUUCAUCCUUCAUCUUUACAUCAUCCGCGAUUCAAUGGAACCAUAAAAAUAACUCUAAACCAAACCCCAAUUUCUUUGUUCAAUUUAGCAAAACACUUCGCCCAAAUUCAAUUACAAUGUCUGCAGAAUCUAACACACCAACAAAGUUGGUUACAUUUCUUGGUAAAGGAGGUUCUGGGAAAACAACCUCAUCCAUUCUUGCAUCUCAGUAUUAUGCUAAAAAAGGGCUUAACACCUGCUUGGUAAUACAAUCUCAAGAUCCUACUGCUGAAUACCUCAUGGGAUGUAAGAUUGGGACUUCUCCUACUCAAUGCAACAACAAUCUUUCUGUUGUUAGGUUCGACACAACUAAAAUGCUUCUUGAACCACUAAAUCAGCUGAAGAAAGCAGAUGCUCGCCUUAAUUUUACUCAAGGAGUUAUUGAAGGGGUGGUGGGUGAAGAACUUGGUGUGCUACCUGGGAUGGGAUCAAUUUUUGCAGCCCUGGCACUUCAGAAACUGGUAGGAGUCAUAGAGAGGACUUCGGCAACAAAAAAACAGACGCAAGAAAAGUUUGACAUAGUUAUAUAUGAUGGAGUUAGCAAUGAGGAGACUUUGCGGAUGAUUAGUGCAACUGAGACAGCAAGAUCGUACUUGAAAUAUUUACGAAACCUGGCUGAGAAGACGGAUAUUGGGAGAUUGACUGCUCCCUCACUUUUGAGAUUGGCAGAAGAAUCUGUCGAGUUAAAUGAUGGCAGAUCUCGGUUUGACGGGAAAAUGAGUUCAGAUAUAUGGAAUGACAUUGAGAGGAUGCUUGAGAGAGUAUCUACUGGCUUCGCUAAACCAUCAAAGUUAAGCUGUUACCUCGUGAUGGACCCAAAUAAUCCGACAUCCAUCAAUGCUGCAAUGCGUUAUUGGGGAUGUGCAAUUCAGUCUGGUGCACAUAUUUCUGGUGCAUUUGGCUAUGCUCCUCCACUAUCUACAGAAUCUGCAGACAUAAUCAAGACAAAAUUUUCACCUUUGCCUUCUGCAAUUAUGCCAUAUCUCUCAUUUGGUUCCCCCAUAGAUUGGGAUGCAGUAGUGCUCAAAUCUGUAGGAGAAGAUGCGCGUUUGGUUUUUGCGGCAGAAAGGAAUGACACUUUUCCAUCACCUGUUACAUUCGACGCAGCCAAUAAGUCGGUGACGCUUUUCAUGCCUGGAUUUGACAAGUCAGAGAUCAAGCUAUUCCAGUAUAGAGGAGGAUCAGAGUUGUUGGUGGAAGCUGGGGAUCAAAGACGUGUUAUCCGUUUGCCUAAUUCUAUCCAAGGAAAAGUGGGAGGUGCCAAAUUCAUGGGCAGAAGUGUUGUGGUCACAAUGCGAUAAGAUUUUCUUUUACAUGUGCAGAAAUUGACAUACCAUUUUUCUCACUAAAUCUCCAAAAAAUUAUAAUAACUGUCGAAAACAUGGUCAUGAUUUGUUCUUCUGAUAUAUGCAGCUAGAAGUACAGUUGUAAAAGCUUCUUUGAGAUUCAUUCAAGAAUGAUUCUGUUUCCCUUUCUAGUUUCUGUAACUUUUUCUUCUCCUUGUUUGUUUCCCUUGCGCUUGAAUUUCAUGGUUAGCUGUCAGCUAUGAAUGCAUAUCCAAAUUGAAACCCGGAUCCUGAAUCGGGAUAGGAACAUUGUUGAGAUGACGCAUACCUUUAAGAGUUAAAACUCUCAGCUCAAAGGUAGAAGUCAAAUUCUCCUCAUCGUUCAAAGAUCUUAUAAGCCGGAAUAGAUGAGAAA